AUGUUGUCCGAACAACAAGAAACGCUUCUUAUUACAAAAAAGUCAGAUCAAGAACCUUCUCAAGACUUCAUUUUCCGGUCUAAACUUCCUGAUAUGGUUAUCCCCAAUCACCUUCCUCUCACUGAUUACGUCUUUCAAAGAUUCUCCGGCAAUGGCGACGGCGAUUCCACCGCCACAUGUCUCAUUGACAGUGCCACCGGCCGUAUCUUUACCUACGCCGAUGUACAAAUCAGUUCACGGCGAGUAGCAGCCGGGAUCCACCGGCUAGGAAUCCGCCAACGUGACACCGUGAUGCUCCUUCUCCCAAACUCGCCGGAGUUUGCUCUCUGCUUCCUCGCUGUGGCUUAUCUCGGAGCCGCCACCACCACCGCUAAUCCUUUAUUCACGCAGGCUGAGAUCACAAAACUGGCAAAAGCCUCCUCCGCGAGGAUGAUCAUUACUAAGCAAUGUUACGUCGAGAAACUAACAAACCUUCAAAACGUUUUGAUAGUUUGCUUAGACGAAGGAGACGACACCGUUUUAGAUGACGGUUGCGUGAGUUUCACACAACUGACUCAAGCAGACGAAACAAAGCUUCCUAAACCGGAGAUCUCGCCGGAGGAUACGGUGGCGAUUCCGUACUCCUCCGGGACCACGGGCCUUCCUAAAGGAGUGAUGAUCACUCACAAGGGAUUAGUCACGAGCAUCGCUCAGAAAGUAGAUGGAGAAAACCCUAAUCUCAACUUCACCGGAGAUGACGUCAUCAUAUGUUUCCUCCCAAUGUUUCAUACGUACGCGUUCAACGCGUUGAUACUUCCGGCGAUGAGAACCGGUGCGGCGAUCUUGAUCGUGCAGCGGUUCGAGUUGAAUAUGGUGAUGGAGCUGAUUCAGAGGUACAAAGUCACGGUGGCUCCGGUGGCUCCUCCGGUGGUUUUAGCGUUUGUUAAGUCACCGGAGACUGAGCGAUAUGACUUGAGUUCCGUGAGGAUGAUGAUCUCAGGCGCGGCAACGCUUAGGAAGGAGCUUGAAGAAGCAGUGCGUCUCAAGUUUCCCAGUGCCGUUUUUGGUCAGGUUUAUGGAAUGACUGAGUCAGGAACGGUGGCUAAGUCAUUGUCAUUUGCAAAGAACCCAUUUAAAACAAAGUCCGGGGCGUGUGGGACUGUGAUCAGAAAUGCUGAGAUGAAAGUGGUCGAUACCGUUACUGGAGUCUCCUUACCGUACAAUAAAUCUGGCGAAAUCUGCAUCCGUGGCGAUCAACUCAUGAAGGGUUAUUUGAAUGAUCUGGAGGCUACUGCACGAACAAUAGAUGAAGACGGGUGGUUACACACAGGAGACAUUGGAUUUGUGGAUGAUGAUGAUGAGAUCUUCAUUGUGGAUCGGUUGAAGGAACUCAUCAAAUUCAAAGGCUAUCAAGUGGCUCCAGCUGAGAUUGAAGCAUUACUUAUUUCUCAUCCUUAUAUUGAGGAUGCUGCUGUUGUUGCAAUGAAGGAUGAAGUUGGUGAUGAGGUUCCUGUAGCGUUUGUAGUUAGAUUGGAAGGGUCUCAGCUAACUGAAGAUGAUGUCAAGAGUUAUGUCAGGAAACAAUUCUCCGGCGACCGAGACUCCACAGCCACAUGUCUCAUCGACGGUGCCACCGGACGUAAAUUUACCUACGGUGAUGUACAAAUCGGUUUAAGGCGUAUCGCCGCGGGGAUCCACCGUCUAGGUAUCCGCCAACGUGACACCGUCAUGCUCCUUCUCCCUAACUCCCCGGAGUUUGCUCUCUGUUUCCUCGCCGUCGCUUACCUCGGAGCCGUAUCCACCACAGCGAACCCGUUCUAUACAGAGUCAGAGAUUGAGAAACAAGCAAAAGCCUCCGCCACGAAGAUGAUCAUCACGAAGUCAUGUUACGUUGAUAAACUUAAAAACUUGCAAAACGACGGUGUUUUAAUCGUCUGCGUGGACAAUGGAAACGACGCCGUUCCGUUGCCUGAAGGUUGCGUGAGUUUCAAGGAACUGACUCAAGCGGACGAAACAGAGCUUCCUAAACCGGAGAUCUCACCGGAGGACACUGUAGCGAUGCCGUACUCCUCCGGCACCACGGGGCUUCCCAAAGGAGUGAUGAUCACUCACAAGGGUUUAGUCACGAGCAUCGCUCAGAAAGUAGACGGAGAAAACCCUAACGUCAGCUUCACCGGAGAUGACGUCAUCCUCUGCUUUCUCCCCAUGUUCCACAUCUACGCGCUCGACGCGUUGAUGCUCUCGGCGAUGAGGACGGGCGCGGCGAUCUUGAUCGUGCCGAGGUUUGAGUUGAAUCUAGUGAUGGAGCUGAUUCAGAGAUAUAAGGUCACCGUGGUUCCGGUGGCUCCUCCGGUGGUGUUAGCGUUCGUCAAGUCUCAGGAGACGGAGAGGUAUGAUCUGAGCUCCGUGAGGAUGAUGCUUUCAGGUGCAGCUACGCUCAAGAAGGAGCUUGAAGACGCCGUGCGUCUCAAGUUUCCCAAUGCCAUAUUUGGUCAGGGUUAUGGAAUGACUGAGUCAGGAACGGUAGCUAAGUCAUUAGCGUUUGCAAAGAACCCGUUCAAGACCAAGUCUGGUGCGUGUGGGACAGUGAUUAGAAACGCUGAGAUGAAAGUGGUCGAUACCAUAACUGGAGUCUCCUUACCACGCAACAAACCUGGCGAAUUAUGCAUCCGAGGCGAUCAGCUCAUGAAAGGCUAUUUAAAUGAUCCGGAGGCUACUGCCAUAACCAUAGACAAAAACGGGUGGUUGCACACAGGAGACAUUGGGUUUGUGGAUGAUGACGAUGAGGUUUUCAUUGUGGAUCGGUUGAAGGAACUGAUCAAAUUCAAGGGCUAUCAAGUGGCUCCAGCUGAGCUUGAAGCAUUGCUUAUUUCUCAUCCUUACAUCGAGGAUGCUGCUGUUGUCGCAAUGAAGGAUGAAAUAGCUGAUGAGGUUCCGGUAGCAUAUGUGGUUAGAUCAGAAGGGUCUCAGUUAACCGAAGAUGAUGUUAAGAGUUAUGUCAACAAACAGGUGGUUCAUUACAAGAGAAUCAAGAUGGUGUUUUUCAUAGAAGCUAUACCAAAAGCAGUUUCGGGAAAGAUUUUGAGGAAGGAACUCCGAGCUAAACUGGAAGUUGAGUACACUAAAUAG